GGAAGCCUUUGCCAGCCAGCCAGGUAGCCUAUGAAAGGCUUGGGAUCCAUGAGUAGCCUCCACCCUUGGGUUCCUGGUGCAGAGGUGCCAUGCAGCCCCGGGUGCUCCUCAUCGUGGCCCUCUUGGCGCUCCUGGCAUCUGCUCGAGCUGAAGAGGUAGAAGGGUCCUUGCUGCUGGGCUACGUGGGACAGGCCGCCAAGAAGGUACAGGAUGCUCUAACCAGUGUGCAGGAGUCCGAGAUGGCUGUGCAGGCGAGGGGCUGGAUGGACGGUGGCCUCAGCUCCCUGAAAGAUUACUGGAGCACCUUUACUGACAAGUUCUCCGGCCUCUGGGAUUCUACCCUCAAGGCCCAACUAACCCCAGCUGCUGAGCCUUGAGACCUCUAUAGUCCAAAUGUACCUGUUCGUCCAUCCUGUUUGCCUCUGGGCAGGCUGGGUGUCCCCCGAAGGUUGCUUGGAAGGAAAAGUAUUCUCGUGUUUUCACCCCUCCCCAGACCUCACCUAAACAGACUGCUCCUAAUAAAGCUGGAUGAGAAGCUGCCAUGA